UUGUUACAUGUUACACACCCAACCCUUGAUAUUCCAGUCGAAUCGAUCGAACUAGAUCGUCACAAACUGGGAAAUAAUUUUCACAACACACUCUCUUUCACACGUACCCAGAAAUUGGGAAACAAUACAUAAAUGGAGUACAACCGACAGCCGUGUCCCAUCCGGAUUGUGGAGGACUGUGGCUGCGCCUUCUUGAUGGGCACCCUAGGCGGAGGGCUAUUUCAGUACCUCAAGGGCUUCCGUAAUGCUCCAUCUGGCCUGGUGCGCAGCAUCUACGGUGGCAUUGACUCCGUGAAGAUGAGGACACCGGCUGUGGCCGGCAGCUUCGCCAUUUGGGGCGCUACCUUUAGCACAGUGGACUGUGCCCUGAUCUCGUAUCGGCAGCGCGAAGAUUCCUGGAACUCCAUAAUCAGCGGAGCUGCUACCGGCGGUAUAUUGUCAGCCCGCAAUGGUAUUCGGGCCAUGGCAAACAGUGCUUUUGUGGGCUGUCUCGUGCUGGCCAUGAUUGAGGGGGCAGGGGCGGUAGUGGCCACUAUUUACGCAGACGACGGGAGUGAAACCGCAACCAUAACCAUCGAUAUCCAGACACCGCCACAGAGGGCCCAAUGGGAGCCAAACGAUUUCGUGGCCAUGGAUUCGAUUCCGAAUCCGAAACCGAGUCCAAAAGAGUCAGUUUCCCUGGCAGGUCAUCACUCAACCGUUGAGGGUUUCGAACGGGUGUUGGAAAAGUGCAGAGAAUACAGAGAUGCAAGACCAGGCGAGCCACGGGCUCUGCUGGACCUAAUCAAGCUGGCCGAUAUUAUCUGACCACCUGCAUCCCCAGAUCUGUGUGCUUUCUGUGUUAAAUCAAUCUUUGUUUUCCCCAAAUAUAUUCAUGUAAAUCGGCGUCCAGUA